AAACGAAACCGCUGUCAAAAAAGUUUGUUCCGUGGCGCUAUCGAUCUACGUUUUGUCUGACGUGUUUCGACAAUUAUUUCGGAAUAACUUGCAAUUUAGUAUCCUUUUUUGUAAAGGUGGGCUACCAAAGUGUUCCAGAAUGCUGAAUAUCGCCACCCAUAUGGACUAUGAAGGCCAAGGCCGUGCCGAAAAACUGUCCCGUAUAAUAAUCACUCUGUUUGGUGCUGUUGGUCUAAUUUGGGGCUAUGUUAUUCAGCAAUUCUCACAGACGGUGUAUAUUUUAAUUGCCGGUGUCCUGCUGGCUUCUGUUCUAACCAUUCCACCGUGGCCAAUCUAUCGCCAGAAACCUUUGAACUGGCAAAAACCUCGCCCAGAGUCUCAAACUGUAGCGACCGGAGCGGAGCAGGAAACCUCAAAAAAGAAGAAAAAAUAAUACGAUUCUCUAAAAACUUUAAUGUAUGAACAACAAUAAAAUCCAGAAUUAAGGUUGUGUA